GCAAAGAGCCUGAUCCUGCAUGUACGCGAGAUCGCUUCAGUGGAAGCUCUAUAGUGCGGUGUGUCUCCGAACUCUAACAGCACACAAUGCAGUUACCAGGCUAGGAUGUAACCAUUUCCACAUGUCGUUUUUUUAUUCUGCAUCUGCUGUCUUUUGCCUAUUUUUUUACACUAUGUUUUUAACCAUUUAUUGUUAUGCAAGGAAUAACUUACCAAAAAUAUGACUGGGACAUAGGCUGCUUUUGGGCGUCAAAUCCAACACGGUGCUGAAUGCAAGGCCUAAACGAAACUCCUAACGGGAUUAUAGCGUCGGUUUGGCUUGCGCCCUUUGGAUUUCGGAUUUAUCUGCUGUUUUGGAAUGGAAGGCCGGGAGUUCGGCCCUCCUCCGCCGCUGCUCACAGAGCGAGGCCCGCUGGCUCACCGCGCCACCUCUCGGAUCACUGCAGCCGGCCACGCGGCCGUGCAACACCCCGCUGCCUUCCAACCCGGGAAAUAUUAUCCCUCACACAUCCCCAUACCUCCACAAUCAGGCACUGGACUGAUGGCGAACUCCUCUGCUUCAUUCAUGGGCACUUUCCUGGCCAGCAGUCUGGGCUCACCACCAUCCCACCAUUCCGGACCCCCUUCCUCUCCCUCUUCUCCCCCUUAUCGCAGUGGACCUCACUCCAGUGGCCACUCCCAGAUCUGGUUCCCACACCCACAUGAAGCCCCAGGGUAUUCCCGCUUUUCUGGAAGUCUGGCCCCCACCUUUCUACCCAUGAGCCCCUUAGAUCACCAUGGAAACAGUAGUGUUCUCUAUGGACAGCACCGAUUCUACAACACUUCAAAAGAUUUCUAUAUCAGAAGCCUCUCAUCACAACACCACCUUCUCUCCACUAAUCACAACUUACCCUCACUGACUCGGACUGUGCCUAGCCACCCUUUGGGCUCUUGUAGUCGGGAACGGGACCCUGGGGGAGGUGGGCUCACCCAGAAAAGCUCUAAAGAGUUAGAUAUAGGAGAGCGGAUUAUAACAGUUGCAGGAAAAGACAAGGAGAAAAACAAACAUGAGGUAAAAGACCGUCAGCACCAUGACCCACCUUCACCAGCUCCUCACCAUCACCAACACCUCCAUUCUCACCAUCAUUCUCAGCUCCACCCUUUAGGGCCAGAAGAAAACCCCAGACACAAAGAUGACCCAAAACACCUGAGCACCUGCCUGCUUUCUUCCAAGACCCAUAAUGGCCCUCAUACAGGGACAGCAGUCAGGGGUUCCGCCCUCCCUAGUUGUGUUGGGCCAGGGGCCUUGAGUUUAGGAACGGGUCCAAAAGGAGGUGGAGGUAAUAUCUGUUGCAAAGAGGUGAGUGGUGAGAUGCGAAUCAGUGAGCCUUCAUCAGAAUGCCUUCGCCAUAGUGCAAUGCUAGGCCAUACCCAUACAGUACCAUAUGCUAUGCCUCCUCCCCUUAGCCUGGGCUCAGCUGUUGGAGGAUCCUGGCCGCACCCAAUUCACCCCCACCAUCACCACCCCCAUCAUCCACAUCCAGACCUAUAUUGCCCCCCUGCCCCACUAACCAUGUCUUCUGCUCAGGAUAAAAGUUUAGCUCCUGGAGCAGGCAGGGAUCGCAAAGUCAUAGGCCCUACAUUUGUGCCCUCUGUGGGACCUCUGGGUGAUAAGAGCAGUGGGCCAUUUCAGCUAGGUAACCCACCAUGUCAGGGUCUAAAAGGGAUGGUUGAUGAAGUUGGAGGAGAGGAAAUGGGUAAGGCCAGAGCUUCAGAAAAGAGUAGUAAUGGAGGCAGAAUAGCUCCUCCUCCUGCACCUCCCCUUCCAACUCCUGGUAGCUGUCAUAAAAAGUCUUCACAUCAACAGCAGCAGGAUGUCUACAGUAAGGGAGACAAGGGUCAAGACUGGUCUCUAGGCUCCCAUUCACAUUUACCACAGCAGGCACAACAUGGUCAUGGUCACCAGCGACAUUCCAAUCUCCCAAACCACUCCUAUAGCUCAGAGGCUGCUGAGAAUUCUUCAGAGACAGAUGCGUAUCAACCCUCCUUGCCCCAGGGAGCCAAAGAUGGCUGCCAGGCUAAAAGCAGCUCUUAUGCCAGCACUCCACCUUUCCGGGACUGUUCACACUUACAUUCCCCACAUAGAAUUCCAUCGGAAAGCAAGCCCAAUAAUGAAAAUGGGUGUGCACUCCUGCGGGAAAGCCAGAGGAUUGCUAGGGUACACCAUCAUCAGCCAAACAGCAAGACUGGAAUUCAAGGUCAGGAUCCAGAUCUGGGUCCAAGCAGCAUUUUUCGAGACCGAAGAAAACAAGAUGUGGAUGUUACAGCACAAGUGAACAAUGGGCAUCAGGCAGGUUCUUCUUGGGAAGUGCAAGGGCAGCAGUCUCAACAAGACAAUGAGCGACACAAAGCAUGUGACCAUUUUGGUACAGGGGACCAGGAUCUACAUCCUCAUUUCCCUGCACACCAGAAGCCCUCAGUAGGCUCUCAUGAUCCAGAGAACAGUGCCAUGAAAAGCCUGAUGAAGUACAGCAACCAGCAGCCUCACCUGCUCUCCCAGAAGAGCCCAUUUGGGGGCCUGGGUAGCCUGAAGCAAGGAACAGUGAAUGGAGACAAGAAUGACAGAAGUGAGAAAAAUCGAGGGGGUGCAAGCUGUGCCUAUCGGGAGGGCAAGCAAACUUUGCCUUCAAGGAGGGCCUCUUCCUCAGGGGAGAGUGAGCGCACGGAGAGGGCAGGCCGUGAUUCCGGUGAGGGGGAGGGGGAAGUGAGACAGCCCCCUGUGGGUAUUGCUGUGGCAGUCGCCAGGCAGAGAGAGCCUCUGUGCCGCCCACCAGACAGGCCUGCCACCCACAGCCGCCACGGCAGAGUGCUGCCCAGCAUGAAGGUGCUGGGUUUCCAGUUUGUUUUGCUGAAUCAUCCUUCUAUGGCAGGUGUUGGACGCACUGUAUACCCAGUAGAAAGGGAGGUGGAGGAGGAAAGGAAAAGUAUAUCUGAGGAGCAACUGUCUCUGCCUCCGCUGGACAGAGAAAGAGAUCUACUGCUCAGGGACAAGGACUUAGUUGAGUUUGCCAGGAUCCACCCUUCCAGCAGCUGCCAUGGAGACUUGACCUCUCACCUAAUCAUGCCAGGCGGGGGCCAAUUAGGAGCAGAUCCAUCUGUACAUACUCACCCAGCUCAUCACUGGAUGCCUCGGACAGGAAGUCCCUCCCUUUGGAUUGGACACUCGUAUGGUAUGCAAUAUGGUCUGAGUCAUGCUACUCUGCACCAGAACCUGCCCCCAGGCUUCUCUGCAGCCAUGCCCAGCCCCCUUCAGCCUGUCCUCCCCCUUCCACAGGACCCCUCUCCUGCCCUGGUAGUUCUACCUACUGAGCCAGCUGCCCACCCUGCUGCGCAUCAUCUAGAUGUAAUGGAGCAUCAGGGAUUAUGGCCCCCAGUAUAUGGGGCUCGGGGGCCUGCUUCUCAUAUACAGCAUUCUUCAGUUUACUCCCGCCAGUUUCUACGGCAACAAGAGCUCUAUAUGCUGCAGCAGCAUCAGCACCAGCAACACCACCGAGCAGCACAGGCAAUGGAGUUGGCACACAGGCAAACCCAUUCUCAGAGGAAACCUGAGGAUCCCCCUAUUGACCUGGAUGAUGGUUCUCCUGAGAUUCGCACCCUGAAAUCAACAAAACCCUUCUCCUACCUUUCAUCCAGUAAAAGUUGCUCCUCCUCCUCUCCAGGGGGAUGUGCUUCUCGUCUUUCACCCUGCUGUCACUCACCAGCCCCACGGCCCCAUCCUAAGAGCACUCCAUGCACUCCCUGCCCUGAGCCAAGCCCAGCUGUAGCAGCACCACGCUCUCCUGCCCUCAGCCCCCAUCCUACCCCUCAUUUUACCAAAGAAGCUGAGUCCCAAGACAAGAGAGGAGAGGGUCAGCCGCCGCAGGACUACCCACACUCUCUGGAGCCUGAUCUUCCACCAGGCUAUACUUAUCCUGCCAUUGCAAUUGGUUACAAAGCCGGUCCAUCUCCACAAGAAGUCCAGUUAGCUGAACAUGCUGACCUGGAGGCAGAGCAAGCAGAACCUGCUGAACCAGCACCACAGCCCCUCCCACUUUCCACAAUGGGGGAGAAGGCUGUAUGCCAGGAAGCAGAAUCCUCUACUUCAACUGCCCAGGUCGAACCCCAAGUGGAGGAUGUCCAAGAGGGGAAUAGGGUGAUGACAGCAAAGGACGUGUUGGAUGAAGAACAGAAGGGUAUUACCUGCCCUCCUACCUCUCCCUCUCCACCUGUAUGUCAACACCCCUCCAAAUGCCCCUGCCCGAAUGCUUCACCAGCAGAGGAAAUCUCACAAAUAGAAACAUCUAAUACCAUCACCUCUGAGCAGCCCAGUUUUUUGGAGGUCAAGGAACAAGCAGAGGAGUUCAAAACUCAGGAAGAAGAUAUUGUGAAUCCUGUCCAGGAUUCACCUGCUGCUUCUCAGGAGAUCUGUACUGUGGAGCCAGCUAAGGAUGUCCAAGAGAGGACUGACAAAAACUGUAUUUCACCCAGUACAUCUGUGGAUCUGGAGCUCACUCAGGCUCCAUCAACAUCCUCUCCCUGCUCUGAGCUUUCUGUUCUUGGUGACCAGUAUCCUGGAUCCUGCAUCUGGAGUCUGGAGCUUCUGAUUGCAGCAGCUCUCUGUGCCACAAGAGAUGCCCAGAUGGCUGCCCCAGUGGCAGUGCCUGCUUGUAUAGCACCCCCUCAAAAUGGCAUGGCGCUUUUGAGUGAGCUUGCUGAGCUGGAGAGAUGGCAUCAGGAGAAGAAAAGCAUAGAGAGUGCAGGAGAGGAGAGAUUGCUCAUUGACCUAGAGAGUCUAGCGACCCUUGCAGCUGCACGGGCACUCGAAGGGCCUCCACUCACCACUACUGAGUCUUUUCCACCUCUACGUCGUACACUUAACCUGCGCAGGAAGUGGAAAUGGACACCACAACAUGAACCGGCAUGUCCGGUGAAGAGUGUAAUGGAAACAUUGGACAGUGAGGAGCUUGCGAUGAGGAUGCAACUGGCUGAGCUGCAGCGGCGCUACAAGGAGAAACAGAAAGAGCUGGCUAAACUACAGAGAAAACAUGACCACCAAAAAGAGGAUACCUCAAGAAGCCCAGCUCGUCGAGGCCCUGGCAGGCCACGGAAACGCAAGCCUACCCCAGGACCAGCUGCCCCCACAGAUACAGUCAAGAGGGUCAAGUUGGUGGGAGCAGCAUCAGGCCUGAUGGCUGCAGAGGAAGAGCUGGCUGGGGGCGGGGACAGGCACACAAAGAGGAAGAAGAUGGCCAACAGCACCUACGACCACGUUGGUGGCCUACAGGUUCCUUGUCGACAGAGAGGCAGACCAAGACUGAUGAGUUCCAAGAUGGCCCAGCUUAAGCAGAAGGCCAGCACCAAGCGUGAAUCUAGACUAGAAAGCAUAUUUGGUCACAGAGAGAAACCAUCAUCAGGCUCUUCUGCUGAGCAGACAAACAGAAACAUUUCAGGCUGUCAAAGUGAAACAGGGAACACUGACACAACGGUGCAUCAGAAUAUAGAUGGCCAAAGGAUAAUGAUUCGGAGAGGACGCAGGGCAAAGGUCAGCCAUGGCCAUGCUUCCUCUCCCCUGCAGACUCGAACCCAGCAGAUGAUGCUCAACAAGUCCUUAACCAACAGCAGGCAGGAGGUAACAGGGAAGGACAGCUCCUCUGUGGACAGCGAGUUGUCCGAGCCAGAAGAGGAAGAUGAUGGCAUCUAUGACAUCGAAGAAGUGCCAGAGGACAUCAAAAGUCUAUCUUCUAAAGCGCAGAUGUCUGAAGCUUGCACUUCCUCUUCUUCAAUAGUAAAGCUACCUGCUGGUCAGAAGGCCAAGAGCAAGAAAGAGAAACAAGUCUUUGGGUCUGUCACUGCCUUGCUCGCUAAGGGGGAUGUGAAGCACAGGAAAAGGGCCCCCUGUAGGCAAUCAAUGCUCAGUGAAGACAGGAAUUGCCUACUGGUGGAGAAGAGACAAAAUGCGCUCAGGUGGAGAGGAGUUUCACAAGAGAGCAGCUUACAUUGUAAUAAGGUUCUCAAAUGCAUCCCUAAUCCAUUGGAAAGGACAGCUGGGAAGAAUUCUAUAGUCCUUGGAAAGAAGAAAAGUUGCUUGCUAGAAAAUGUGUCAUCUCAGAUCGAAGACAAGUGGAACAGAAAGUUGAAAAUCAAACAGGAAGCCAAAAAGCGAGGCAUGCGGCAGCUGCUGGAGAGCUUUGCAGCAGAAGAGGGAUUUCGCAUGGAUGAUGACAGCAGCUUCUCUGAAGGAGAGGAGGAGGAGCUGGAAGAAGAAGAACAACACAAGAAUACAGUUCCAGCUCCUCCUAACUGUGUCCUGACCAAAGAAGCUCUGCGCGAUGGGUUGAAAGUGCUGAUCUCCAAGGAGGAUGAGCUGCUAUAUGCUGCCUAUGUGCACACGCUGGACUUACCUGACAUUUACAGUAUUGUUAUUGAAGGGGAGAGAGGAAACAGGCCAAGGAUCUACUCUCUGGAACAGUUGCUUCAGGAAGCAGUUUUGGAUGUGCAACUGGAGACAGUGGAUGCACUUACUGAUGGAACAAGAGUGUGUGCGUACUGGAGUGAGCGCUCAAGGUGCCUGUAUCCUGGAUAUGUCCGUAGAGGUCAGAGAAGAACUCUCUCCAUUCUCCUUGGUGGCCCAGGAGAUGAGCAGAAAGAAGGCUCUGUCAUGGUGGAGUUUGAUGAUGGAGAUCGUGGCUGGAUUUCCGUCCCCAACAUUCGUCUACUUCCACCUGGCUACCAAAUACAUUGUGCAGAGCCUUCUCCAGCUCUCCUGGCUUCUCCAACUCGCCGCAGACGGAAAAGCUCCACUCAAGAGAAGAGCUCUCAGCAGAUUGAUGUUUCUUCAGAAUGGCAUGGCAACACAGAGCCAGGGAAAACAAGCAAGGCCAAGCCAGGGAGGCCCAAAUCAGUCAGUUUAUCAACAAAAACUGGUGUGACUGAAAAUGUAACUGGGAGUGCCCCCUCUCUUCUUGCCUGGCCGUCUGUCACCAUGUCUAGAAAGAGACCAUCUCUGGAUUUGUUCCAGUUCAAUGGCCUGUCUAGGAAAACUCCAAAAGAGAAGGAGACAGACAUGUUCCCCUUGCUUGGCUCCACUAUGGGUACACCAGCUAAGGGUAUCUUUAGCACCUCCUUUGAGGUGGACUCUUUUAGCAGCAUUGCUAAUGGUUUUACAACCUUUGGUAAUCAACAGCCACCAUCUGGAUUACAACUUGGUCAAAAGAGCACCUCAAAUAUUCGGGGGAGAAAGACAGGAGACAGGAAAGAGUACCUCAUCAAAUUGGACCAUGAAGGAGUAACCUCUCCAAAGACAAAAAAUGGCAAAGCACUUAUGCUUCUUGGAAAUGGGGAGUUUGAAUCUAGAGGGGGGAGAACGGAGAAGAACUCUGGGACCAAAAAUUCAGGCGAUUUGAACUCGCCUAUAGAUUGCUCCCAGUCAAUGUUACUGAUGAAGGAUACCAAGAGAAGUAGUAGCCACCUCCUCAAGGGUUCCUCUGACAUGCGAAAACUUUCUCAGGGUCUAGGGCUUGGCGAAUAUCCAGAUUAUGUGUUGAACUGCCACAGUGAUUGUCUCAGCUCCUACUCAGACAUGGAUGAAGAUGAAGAAGAUGAAGAAGAUGCUAGAAGGGCAGCGAUGCACAACCCUAGGCGCUUUCUCUCUCAUCUGUCCAUAUCCUCCUCUUCCUCAGGUUCUUCAAGCUCAUCAAGUUCAGGCUCAAUGUCCAGUUCUAGUGCCUGCUCCUCUGACAAUGAUUCAUCCUACACUUCAGAUGAAGAGGAAGCAUCUCAACUUCUUCUGCAGGGAUGCCUGUCAUCCCAUCAUGCAGUGCUUCAACAGCAGCAGCAACAUCCUGAGGCAAAAACUGCCCCACCACAACACUCCUUUAUUGCCAAAGCCAUGGGUGUGACCAGCCCAAAGGCAUUGGCCAGCAAUGGUUCAGGCAAGCAUCAACGGAGAAAGGAGAUUCCGAGUAACUCCCUGUCUACAGCACAAACCAAAACUUCCAAGGACUGUCCCAAAAAGCAAAAGACAGUCAGUCCACCCAACUCCUCUGCAUUUGUGCCACCCCGUCAGCUGUGGAGGUGGUCUGGAAACCCGACUCAGAGGCGAGGUCUAAAAGGAAAGGCACGGAAACUCUUCUACAAGGCCAUUGUCCGGGGUAAAGACAUUAUCAGAGUGGGUGACUGUGCGGUAUUUCUGUCUUCUGGCCGUCCUCACCUUCCUUAUAUUGGCCGUAUAGAGAGCCUGUGGGAAUCUUGGGCCAGCAAUAUGGUCGUGAAGGUUAAGUGGUUUUACCAUCCGGAAGAGACUAAACUGGGCAAAAGGCACCGGGAUGGCAAGCAUGCCCUUUAUCAAUCUUGCCAUGAGGAUGAAAAUGACGUCCAGACCAUUUCCCAUAAGUGUCUGGUGGUUAGCCAAGGUGAAUAUGAGCAUCUCAGCCGCCUGAGGAAGCCCAACAACAACAGUCAGGACCUCUACUACCUGGCUGGAACAUAUGACCCCACUAGUGGCCAGUUGGUCACAGCUGAAGGAGUAUCAAUAAUCUGCUAGCGUUCUGUCAUAUGGAUGUACUACUGAAGAAAUUUUUCCUCCUUGAAGGAGGAUUCCUAAAGGGCUGACAAUCGAUUUUUACUGUGUUCAGAAUGGUCUCAGAUUAAAGCCCCAUAAUUGGACACUAAACUAGUGCACCAUGGAAUAAAGAAAAGGAAGAUGAGCUCUUUACUGAUCUACUUUGUAGCUGCGCCUCACCCGUCUUCAGUGAGUGACAACUGGGGCUGACAACUUCACAAACUCAACAGCCAAGGAAAGAGGAUUUAGUUCUCAGAGAAAAUGAUGAGGCACUGGACAUAUUCUAAGCAAGAUUAUAUUAAUUUAUAUUACCCGUGUUACGGUAAAUAUUUUAGUUUUACUCUUCAGGAACCCUAAACAGAGCUGGGUUCUCUUUAGACUGAUCAUCCUAUCAGAUUAUUUCAUCAGGACAUUUUUUUAACUCAGUUGGACCAAAACUAUCGCAUUGUGUGUGUUUGUGUGUAGAGUACGGCCACAAACAGAAGGAGAUGCUUAAAGCUCUUCGUGGCAUGACAUGUCAAGAAUGCCCCUGUUUUUGGUGUACAACCCAUUCUAAUGGCGCCUUCUGGGCAUCCAGGGAUUUUCCAGGAAUCAUUUUUUUUGCCCAGACAACUGAAACUGAAAAUAAUUUUAAGUUAAAUUUCUGAAUUAAUUUUUCUUUGACAAUUUUUUUUUCUAUCAAGCCAUACACUUCAGUACCUCUUACUUACUGUACCUUUUAUUCAGGUGUAUAGUUGUACAAUUGUUUUAUUUUAUGUGUGUAAAUAUAUAAAUAUAUAUAAAAAAGUAUUAAUGUAAAUAUAAUAUAAAGGAAGAGAGAACUAUAUUCCUCUUUAUUGCGCUUGAUUGUGUUAUUUUUUUAAUGAGACAAUGCUAGGUUUGAUUGGGAUUUUUUUUUUUGCUUUGGAGUGAUAUGUGAUCCACAGAUCACCACCUCAGCACUGUAAAUGACUUGUUCUCUUUGAUACAGGUCAUGAUAUAUUAGUUUAUACAGUAUACUGCAUAAGUGUGGCUGGACAGUCCACUGGGUGAAUAGUGCGGAACGGGCCAUCUGUGUCCACAUAAUUGUUAUCUUUUCCACAUUUGUUUUUGUUUUUUCAGUUGGAGCCUUGUCACAGAAUUCAUUUGUACAUUGCAUUGCCCUCUGUGUGGGUUAUGAUUAGAACAAAUGCAACAAAAGCCUUUGUGGCACUAUUGCACUUCAGACAUGCAAGAUAAUGUGUUGCCAAUGCAUCCAUGUUUUGCCAGAUCCAAACAGUGUGUCAGUAAAAAAAUGUAUUGUACUAGUAUAUAGAUAGAUAAGGUAAGAAAUCUGGCCUCCCAAGCAAGAAACCAAAGCACCUCUAAGGGUUAUUUAACAGAUUGCAAUAAAUGAAUGAAGUCUGUGUAAAUAGAUUAUAAGGUAUGGGAGCCCUGCAAUUUCAUUGGCUGGUGAACUUAGAUAAAUUAACAAUGUUCAUACUCUGUGGUACAGUUACUGUUUUGUUUGCUUUAAUAUGACCGAAACAGCUUUUUGUUUCUGCAAGGUUUUAGUAAUGUUGCUGGUAAAGGUUUAGUGUUGGUAACAGUAUUGCUGUGAGUUUGGAUGAUACAGCACACCAGCGGGCACUUCAGGCACUCAAAGGCUUCUGAAGGCCUGUGUCACAUGAUCAUGAAGGGACAAUCAGAACCUGUUUGAGGGGGUGGUUUUAAAUUGAUCAAAUCUCAAUGUUGCCUCUCGUCACUUUUUAUUCCUACUUUGCCAAAAAUUUGCAUUUUAAUUUCUUUUCUCCAUUGUCUGUCAUAUAUUUUGCCUGAUAUGCAAGCCUGUAAAGACUGUUCAAUGUAGAUUUGAGGAAAGGACAGAAAUGCCUUCCAGUCCUUAAGACUAACUUUUUAACAACUUUGUUGCUGUUACACUGCAGAAGCAAAAGCUUUAAAAAUCAUAUGUGAAAAUUCAUGUAAUGUCACUUUUUGGGUCUAUAAAAAAGAAAACAAGUUAUUUUCAUAACUAAACACUGGAUUCAUUGCAGAAUAUCAUGACACUGGCAACAGCAGUGUGGCAGAAAGUUGCUCAAGCCUCAGAAAAAUGUGGAAUCAUUUUACAACCCAACUUUGAGACCCACUGAGAAUUUUUGUUUUUAUUUGGUGGGGUUGAUGUACUUUUUUGACAUUGUGGGGAAUAUAACAUUGUGGGGAUAUUUGCAUUGUUUAGGCAAGUUAUUUAUCUUAAUUUUAAUGCAUUUGUGUUGCCUUUAAUUAAAAAAGAUGUCAAAAUGA